UAGGCACCAACAAUACCAACUGCGAUCACUGAUAGCAAAAGAAAAGCGAAGAUACCCAAAGAAUUUACACAAGCUAUAAAGAAAUAUCAACACAUGAAGUGUUCAUUGGCUCGUUUCCGUUGACAGUGAGCUGUCUCGAAAAAUUUCAAGUAGAUGACUGGCUGCAUCAAAUAAGUUAGUCGACAAACAGUGCACAACUGGAAAAUAAACUAUAUAUGUAAGCAAAGAACUGAAUGCUGGUCAACUUCGAAACGAUGCGAAAAUCUUGCAAAUUUAUCUCUUCUUAGAGAUCCAGGUUGUACGAUUACACUACUGAAGAAAGUGCCUGCUUCUAACGCCUCUGCGUUGCCCUGCGUCUCUGUAUGGUGGAUGUAAAGACGUUUACGACUUCCAUAUUCAAAUAAUAUGAUCAGAACUAACGUAUCACCAAGUCAUUCGAGAGUACUUUAACGAACGAAUGGAUCACCUACAAUCGAUGCCGCUGCAUGAGUAUAUCUUACGUAACAAAGUUACCUCGAAAAACUCUGAUUUUUUUUUUUUUUUGUAAUUUCAAGCUGUUCUCUGCUGUGUCACACUGAUAAUAGGGAGUGAAAGCCAACGGAAAGAUUACAGAUACUAAAGUUGUGUGAUUUUUCUUGAUCCUAGAUUUCGUGAAAAUGUUUUUGGAGAACAGUUGUGGCAGUGUGAGAACUGAUAUACACCUUCCGGCGAUUCGAUAAAAUUUAGUCCUCCCGUAGGAAGUGUGCAAACUACGAGCUAUUGCUGCAACCGAGAAAAGCGAAUCGAUUAUGGCUUCUUGGCAAUGUGUUAUAAAUGACAGAGACAUUGAAAUGCCUCUGCUACCCCAUGAAGCAGAUGAUUUAAGUGGUGUAAGAAAGGAAGCGAUAACGAUAUUUUAUUCAGGUGUCGAAGAGGUAAAUAACAUCGAAAAUAUAAUAAAGAAUGGCUGUAAAAUUAUGGUAUUAAUGCGUGGUCUCCCAGGGAGCGGUAAGUCAACACUUGCACGCUAUCUAAUGGAAAUAUCGACAGACACGAGUACAGUCAAAGAAAAGCACGUAUUCUCUGCUGAUGACUACUUCAUUGAUCCUAAAAGUAAAGCAUAUAUAUUUAAUCGUAAGUUUCUUCCACAAGCACAUUCUUGGAAUGUCGAGGGAGUCUUGGGAGCAGCACAGACAAAUGUAACUCCAAUAAUAGUUGACAACACCAACUUAACAGUGUGUGAAAUGUGGCCUUACGCGUGUAUAGCUGCAAAAUAUGAUUACAUAGUUAGAUAUUUGGAACCUAGCACACAUUGGCGUUAUAAUAUACACGAAUGUGCCAAACGUAAUUCGCAUGGUGUUUCAGAAAAACAUGUAGCAACGAUGAUGGGACGCUUUGAUAGAUCAGUUUCUGAAUCUGAACUACUCGAUUUAGUGUCAUCCCAAAACAGCUUUCAAAAUUAUUGUGAUAGACACAGUAAUUGUAGGGAAGCCGUCAUCAGAUACAGUCAACAGAAACAUUAUCGUUGUAUGGCCCAGUUACGUUCUGUCAGCAUAUACAACGAGAAAAUCUCCGAACGAUCCUGCAUACAUUUGGAUACUGGUUCUUUCAAGCUGCCGAAGCUAUUAUUAGACCCAAAGAAUAUAUUAAGAGCACUGAGAACACCAAGGCACCCAGUAACACAACAAUUUGUUCUCACUUCCUUGCCUAGUAGCUCUGCAUCCAUUAAGUUUCUAUUUUCUGGAGGAAUUUUAGCAAUUCAUACUAUCUGCGAUAUUAGUGGGCAGCAUCAGACCUGUAAAGCUAUAUCAUUUCGGAAUAAUGUACUUCAUUUUUACGACCAGAUUCUUAAAUUAAAGUCAUUCUUACAUUUGUUUGUUUCUGUACGGAAUGUCGGGGUAUGUGCUGCUCAAUUCAUGUCCAAGAAUGAAAUGCGUUACAGCAGACUGAAUGUAGAGAAAUGCAUUCCUCUCGCGACGGAUGAUAGCCUUGGCAGACAUGGGUGCAUUUCAAGGGCUAAUACGCUGAAAAUGAUGCUGACUGUAGAGCACGGCGUGCAGCCAUCCGUAAAUAUCAACAACGUCAAAACAGUGGUUUUCCCUACUAACACAAGGCCUUUGUUCCUUCCUGCUCCAAGAAGCAUCUGCGGAGGCAACCGAAGUAAAAGAAACAAAGGUAGUAACAUUUGUUUCACAGAAACCGCUGCAAAAUUUCCAUCAGUUGCAAAAAUAUGUAAUGUCGAAGGACGGUCGACAGGUCAAACUCAUUCAGAGGAUUUUAAAGAUGCAAAAAUAAUUCACCAUUCAUGGGAUGUAUGUGACAGCGCUAAGUGUGAUUCAUCGAGUGUGCGCAACAAUUAUAACUAUGAUCCCUGGGAGGUGUGCGAGAGCUGCGGCUGUAAUUCAUGGGAUAUCUGCGACAGCGUAAGUUGGGAAUUGCCACAUAGAACAACAAAUGUGUCAGACUGUAAGCCACCCCGUACCAGCCGUAAAACAAGCACUGCGCGAUUUUCCAGGAGACAGAACCCCGUUAAGAUCGAGCAGAAAAGUAGGCCUGCAAUACAGAUAACGGAAGAGGCGACGAACUGUUCACUUCCAAAACCGCAGCGCACAAAUACAAGACCACGCGUUAUGCAGUAUUCUUGGGAGGAGUACGUGCCUAAGCUCGAUCCGAAGAUGACGUUACCACCAGAACUGGAGGCAUGGAACACUGUGGAAGAUCCUCAUUCUUCGUGGGAAAGAAAACAAAACAUAGUACAUGGGAAGGAGACUGCUUCACGAAAACCACAAAAGUCGCAAAAUGCUUCUCGUGUAUCAGGGAACAUAAACACGAAAUAUCAUACAGUCCUUCCAACAUCUACCCAGGAGGAGGAGCAGCUGACUUCAAAACCGCGGAGAGAAAAACAUAUUAGGAACCGUCAGUAAUUUAUGUACUUUUAUUUCAUUUCUUGUCUUAUCUUUCAUUAAUGCCGAAUUAAAUUAGAUUGGUACUGUGUGAAAAUAUGAUGACUUCCACAGCUGAAACUAAAGUUUAAAAUAAAAAGCAUAGUCUAACUGCAUAGAACAUUUUUCUUAAUAAAUGCCAUAGGUUAAGAAAUCAACAAAAUAGCCAGGUUACAUAUCUCGCAACAUAACUUUAAAUACACCUUUAUUAGAACAGGUUGCAGCAGAGAAAUAGCCAUGAUGAAUUGCUUUUAAUUUGAUACUCUCUCGAAUCAUGACAUAAUCUGAAACUGACGUUUGCGGUACCACUACAAAAAACCACUGCUUUUGUAAAUAUAGCUCAGGAAGAAUUCAUGGAAACGAAGACAUAUCACGCAAAUAAAGAUAAAUCAAAUUUUUCCUCGAAAGUGACAGAAACGAGGCAAAGUAAGGGUAACGAAAUAAGGUACAAACAAAGUAGUAAGAGACAGUUUUAAAUAAAGACUUUGCGUUUUAACUUAACAAA